UCUCCCCCCAACGCUCGCCCUCACUGCAGCCCCAAUCCUCACAUGGCCGACAAAUCCAUCUACGACUUCUCCGCCGAGACGCUGGACGGAGUGGCGGUUCGUCUCGGCAACUACCGCGGGAAGGUGCUGCUGGUCGUGAACGUGGCCACCUUCUGAGGGUCCACCAUAGAGGAGUACCAUCGACUGAAUGCACUCAUGGAAAUGUUUGGUGAUCUCAACUUCACCGUUCUGGGAUUCUGUUGCAACCAGUUCGGCCUUCAGUCCCCUGAGGGCAGUCAUGAAACCUUAAACAUCCUUAAGUACGUGAGACCUGGAGGAGGAUUCGUGCCAAAGUUUCCCAUCUUCGGUAAAGUGGAGGUUAACGGAUCAAACGAAGAUCCACUCUUCACCUACCUGAAGGAGUCUUUGCCCUUUGUGAACCCGGUCAUAGGAGACAUGAAGAAAUUCUACUGGUCACCCAUCGCAGUCGAUGACAUCCGAUGGAACUUCGAGAAGUUCCUGAUCACCGCAGGCGGCGAGCCCUUCCGCAGGUAUGAACUUCACUGUCCCGUCGACAAGGUGGAGAAGGAUAUCGCCCAGCUCCUCUAGAUUGGACUGUCUUCCGGUUUUAUCGGCGGCGGCGGCGGCGGAGUGACGGUCCCUCGGUCAACGCACACGUGUGCACCUGAGCUGGAUCUGAUGGGAAGAGGAACAGGACUUGGAGCCUCAGUGCAUUCACUCCAAAGACCGUGUUUCCUUCUGCCACCGCGUGAUAUAUGGGUGUUGUCGUGGCUUGUGCAGCCCUUUGAGACACUUGUGAUUACGGGCUGUAUAAAUAAACUUUGACUGAUU